AUGGGGUUGGCCAACUUUUCGUUUUCGUGUUUGGCCUCGUGUUUAUGUGAAGCAAAUUUAUUCGAGAUAGCUGAGCCAACAGCCCAUUUUAAAGUCGAUAAGCCGCGGUUAUCGUACGAAUUCAUUGAUUGGGACUCCACUGUAUCAAUGGAGGAACCCGCAGUACAAUCUAGGCAGCACUGGCAUUCGGAGAUGACGGACGACGACAGGAACAUUUCGCCGGUGGUUCAGACGACCCACGGAAAAGUACGAGGAACUUUGCUCAAGGGGCUCUAUGACGAGAAAUUCUACGCCUUCGAUGGCAUUCCGUACGCUGUUCCACCGCUCGGAACCCUGCGUUUCAAGGAACCUCACGAUCUGAAGCCCUGGUAUGGCAUUCGAGACUGCUCCAAGCCCCUGGACAAGUGCCUCCAAGUGAGCACCUACAGCCAGUUGGUGGAGGGUUCCGAGGACUGCCUGUACCUGAAUAUAUCCGUGAAGACUUUGAAGAGUGAGAAACCUCUGCCAUUGAUGGUCUAUAUCCAUGGUGGCGGUUUUAAGGGCGGCGAUCCCUCUAGACGAGCCUGGGGUCCGGACUAUUUUAUGAGAGAAGACGUCAUUUUUAUAAGCAUCGGCCACCGGCUAGGUCCCAUAGGCUUUCUCAGCUUCAAGGAUCCCUCCUUGGAAAUACCUGGCAACGCAGGUCUUAAGGAUAUAGUCCUGGCCCUCCGUUGGAUCAAGGCGAAUGCCGUCAACUUCAAUGGAGACCCGGAUAACAUUACUCUCUUUGGUCACAGCUCCGGCAGCAUGACAGUUCAGCUGCUAUUAGCUAGUCCCCAGACAGAAGGGCUUUUCCACAAGGCCAUCCUUAUGGCUGGCUUUUCCAUGGAGCUGAACCGCCAGCCUAAUAUGGAGUAUCGCCUGGCAAAGCACUUGGGAUACGAGGGCGAGAACGUCGACAGCCAGGUUUUAGACUUUCUCCUAAAGGCCGAUCCUCAUCUGCUGGUCUCGUCAGACUUCUUCACUGAGGCGGAGAAGAACCGAGGGUUAAUGAUGCCUUUUGUGCCGACCGUGGAGAGUUAUGUGACUCCCAAGGCUGUCCUCCUAGCAGAGCCCGUUGAACUUCAGCGCAAGACUUGGAGCAACCGGAUCCCCAUUAUCCUGGGCUCCAACAGCGGCGAAGGCCUAAUGCCCAUGGGUUUUUUGAAAAAGAAUCCGAAAUGGCUUUCAAGGUUUCAACAUAGUCCAGAGUGUGUACUGCCAUCGACGUUGAGGCUUCGCUGCGAUCCCGGCCAGGGCCGACAGCUGGGCCAGUCGCUGCUCGACCACUUCUGCCAGGCGCAUGGUCUACAGCUUACCGUAACUCACUCGGACGCACUCGUAAAACUCUUUACACACAGCAUAGUGCACGCGCAGGAGCGAAUAAUUCAGGCCAGAUUGGCCUACGGCCAGGCAGCCACCUACUUGUACCGCUUCGAUUUCGAUUCGCCGGACUUCAACUUUUACCGCAUACGAUUCUUCGGAAAGGAGCAGCGAGGAGUCGGACAUGUGGAUGAGUUGGGAUACAUUUUCGUUAUCCCAGCCACCUUUAAGCUGGACGAAUCUCGACCGGAGUUCAACACCAUUCGGCGCAUGGUCUCCAUGCUAGUCCAUUUCGCAGCCACCUCGGACCCCAAUGCCCCUCUUACCAAGGCUCUGGUGGAGUGGAAGCCAGUAACUCGAUUUGGCACUCGGAUGGUGCUAAACAUCAGUGAGGAAUUGAAGUUUAUUCCACAGCCAGAGAAGCCAAUGCUGAAGAUCUUUGAUCGCCUGUUCGAGCAGGCUGGAGUGCCUUUGAUUUAGUACUAAUAAGAAUACAUUUUCGAGCCUAACGAUUUUUUAUAAAUAUCACCUGGCAUAUUAACAUAUUGUUUCUAAAAAAAAUAUCUAAAUUGUGAAGUAUAAUGCUUUUAAAGAAAAUAAAACUUUUUACAGAAACAUUUAAAAGUAGAA